AUGCUCGACAAGGAAUCAGAUAAAAUUACAGCUGCAGCCAGUCACACAUCUCUUAUCCAGAGAAAUCCCAGCCAUAGAGAAACGCACAUCAACACCAUAGACAGGCCUGAUUUCUACCCUCCGUGCUAUGAAGAUAGCACUGAUCCGGGAAAGCAGACUUUCCCAAUACCACUCUCCCUUUCAGCAGGAGACAAAGAGAUCUACAACAUCCCUCCUCCACUGUAUACUGAAAGCAGCAUGGAAUUCAUAGAUGAAACCAGCCUUCAGGAGGAACAACCACCAUCAUACGAAAUGUCUGUGCAGCAGCAGCAGCAGCCAACAGCCGAGCAUGACUCAAAUACAGAAGGAGUCUCAGGCUCUUGUCAUGCACCCAUGCCAGGAGUCAGUUGCUAAUAAUAUGAACUCUGAAGGGACUUUAAAGGGACCAAAGCAUGUCAGUUAUUCCAAGACAAAGUCAAUGAUUAAGACACUGACUAUGCAAAGUGGUGUUGGAAAAGACACGGGACAGUGCUAUAUAAUACUACUGUAAUAUACUAAUGGGUGCAACAGUUGCCUGGGGACAGCAUUAACCACAAUCCAUUCACGUGGCAUUAGAGAGGUUGUUUGAGGAGGUUCCCAGCAUUUUAAAACAAGAACAGCAUUCUCUGGCCUUUAAAGAGUUUGCUAAUGAUAUUAAGUAUAACCCAUAAUUGUUGGCUCAAGCCAACAUAAGAGCAGCUUGUUUUCACGUUUCAAUAUUUCACUAUAACCACACAAAAAAGUCAGUACCAAAUACAUUCAUUCUACUCUGUUCAAUAUCUCUAGAUGAUCUGUUUAUGAAAGAUUUUUUCAUACCAAAUAUCCAACUGGCUAAUUUCAUUUUCAUAGCCAGUAUUUCAUUUUCUGCUCACGUCAGCGCAUCAAGAUCUUGAGCGAAAACGCCCUUGAUAUACAAAUGACUGUACUGUACCUUGAUACACUGGCUACCAAUGUACAGAAGCCAUUAUUUUUUACACUAGAAGGAAAAUGUUAGUGCUGCUGCUUAAUGUACCUCUAUUUAUUAAUUUUAAUCUCUUUCUCGCAUUUCAUCUUUUGGUGCAAGUCCCCAUCUGUUUUUCCAUUAAUAUUUGCUGAUCUGGAAGACCUGUUAAUUCAUUAGCUAAUA